GAGGUGAUGGCGGCUGUGGCCGUAGGGCCGCGGUGGCUGGCAGGGUCUGGCCUCCUGGGCCGGUGGGGCUGCGGCUGCCGGCGGCUCUGGGCGCUGCCAGCAGGACUGGCCGCUGCCGCUCCUCCUCCAGCCGGUGCUUCAUCGGGCUCGGGCGCGCUGAGCCCCUUCGACCGGCGGCUGAAGCGGAAGCAGAAGAACUGGGCGGCGCUGCAGGCCGAGCCCGGCAAGUGCGACUACCUGCGGGAGGAGGUCGGCGGGAGGAUAGCGGACAGGGUGUUUGACAUCCCCAGAACCUUUCCGCUUGCUUUGGAUGUCGGCUCAGGAAGAGGUUACAUAGCUCAACAUUUAACCAAGGACACAGUUGAAAAACUUAUUCAAGUUGAUAUUGCAGAGAAUGCCUUAAAGAAUGCUGUGGAAUCUGAAGUCCCUACAGUCAGCGUUGUAGCUGAUGAGGAAUCCCUUCCUUUCAAAGAAGAUACAUUUGAUCUUGUUGUUAGUAGCUUAAGUUUACACUGGGUGAAUGACCUUCCCAAAGCUUUUAGAGAGAUUCACCAAGUUCUUAAGCCGGAUGGAGUAUUCAUUGGUGCAAUGUUUGGAGGAGACACUCUAUAUGAGCUUCGUUGCUCUUUGCAGCUAGCAGAGCUGGAAAGAGAAGGAGGAUUUUCUCCUCACGUAUCACCGUUCACUGCUGUCUCUGAUUUGGGACAUCUGCUGUCGAGAGCCGGCUUUAACACACUGACUGUGGAUACUGAUGAAAUUCAGGUCAACUACCCAGGGUUGUUUGAAGUUAUGGAAGACUUGCAAGGUAUGGGGGAGAGUAAUUGCUCUUGGAAUAGGAAACCUCUGCUACACAGGGACACAAUGUUAGCAGCUGCUGCAAUAUACCAAGAAAUGUACGGAAAUAGUGAUGGCUCAGUACCUGCCACGUUUCAGAUCUUCUACAUGAUUGGCUGGAAAUUCCAUGAAUCACAGGCAAAACCAGCCAAGAGAGGUUCUGCAACAGUUUCAUUUGGAGAUCUGUCAAAGUUAGGUGGAUUUGUAUCAAGAGAAAAAAAAUGAUUUUCAUCAGAAAUAAUAGUUGUCUUGAAGCUGCUAUAAAACUUCUCAUUGCAGAUAGUCUUCACUUGAGCUUAUUUUGUGACAACAUUCUGAACUGAUGAUUAUCUGCACACAGCAGGAGUUUUUUGUUUUGUACUACCUAUGCUACAACAUCAGCUGUGUAAAAUUAUGUUAAUUUCUUGUUUCUAGAGAAAUAUUUGAGCAGUAUUCAAAGAAUAAAUGCUCUCCUGACUUUGGAUUAAA